UUCAAAACCUAACCUCUACCAAAAACAAAUAAAUACUGAAAAAGGGCAAAACUUAAAAAAGUCCCGCAAUAUUUAUGCCCCGUGCCAUUCAAAUUCAAUAAAAUCCAAUUUAACAGCGUUCUCGUUAACUGUGGACCAUGUCAGAAACGGCCAUAGUGGUAAAAGCCAAACCGCAACGUAAAGUAUUUAAAGCCACAAAAGUAACCAAAGUCCCGGAGAGUUUAAUUAACGACCCGCUGCUAAAACAGGCCUGCGCCCCCCUGCCGGACAAUUACAACUUCGAGAUACCGAAGACGAUAUGGCGCAUCAAGGAAUUAAAGGCGAAAAUGGUCGCGUUACAGAUGCCCGAAGGUCUGCUGCUGUUCGCUACCACUUUGGCGGACAUUAUUAAGCAAUUCACUGGGGCCGACGCGGUUAUAAUGGGUGACGUUACUUACGGAGCCUGUUGCAUCGAUGAUUUAACCGCAAAAGCUUUGGGGGUGGAAUUGCUGGUGCAUUACGGACACAGUUGUUUGGUACCCAUUGAUCAGACCUCUGGAAUAAAGGUUUUAUAUAUCUUUGUCGAUAUUAAAAUUGAUCCUUUACAUUUUAUUGAGACUAUUAAGAAGAACUUUCCGGUUGAUACUAAGAUGGCUUUAGUAAGCACUAUACAGUUUGUAACAACUUUACAAGCAGUGUUAAAGUUGCUAAAUGAUAUGGGGUUUGAAAAUGUGUCUAUACCACAAAGUAGACCUCUAUCACCAGGGGAGAUAUUGGGUUGUACUGCUCCAGUUUUAAAGUGCUGUGAUAUAUUGAUUUAUUUAGGGGAUGGAGAUUUUCAUUUGGAUGCUGCCAUGAUUGCUAAUCCUCGAGUUAAAGCUUACAAGUAUGACCCUUAUAGUAAAAGGUUCACUUUGGAGCAUUUCAGUCACGCAGCCAUGGAGAGUGCAAGGAAAACAUGCAUAGAAAAGGCUGAAAGUGCAGGGACAUUUGGGGUCAUUAUGGGAACCCUUGGCAGGCAGGGCAGCGCCAAAGUGGUGGAGCAUUUAAGGGAAAGAUUAGAACAAAAGGGCAGGCAAGCAGUGGUGAUACUUUUAUCAGAAAUUUUUCCUGAUAAAGUGAAAUUGUUUAAUAAAAUUGAGGGUUUCGUUCAAAUCGCUUGUCCUAGACUGUCCAUCGAUUGGGGUUUGAGUUUUUCACAGCCACUACUUACACCUUACGAGUUGGCAGUACUAUUAGGGGACGCCCGCUGGCAUAAAGAGAAUGAAAGUUACCCCAUGGAUUUUUAUGCUAAUGCCAGUUUGGGACCUUGGACCCCCAACCAUAAGCCAGGCGAGGUCAGUGUUAAAAAUUGUUGCGGAAAGUGUCCAUAAUGAAAUUUGUGUACUAUAUUAAAGUUAGAUUACCUCUAUGCCUUAUAGAGGUUGUUAAAAAUUA